UGAAAUCACAAAACUUCUAAUAUUAACUGAUAUCAAAUUCUCUGGAAUUUUAAAAUAAUUGUUUGAAAGAAAUAACAUCGAUGUCAUUAUAUGAUUCUAAGAAACACUUCGUACGACGGAUAGAAACAUUUUCAAACAGCGAUCAAAAAUAUUAUUCGAUUUACAAUCUUUAGAAUCCCAGAGUCCGUAUCAAGUUUUUUAAUGGUCCAAAAUAGAAUCCAAGUUCCAAAUCCCCGGGUAGACACGGUACGGAUAAACGUGUCGUGUAUACAAAGUACUCGUAUAAACACUCUUUCUGCCGCCUUUUACGUCCUUUUUAUAAAAUAAACAAAAUGUUUUUUUACAAAAUGAGUAAAUGCCACAAGUGGAGCGAUGGAAAGAUCCGCUUAAUUUAUUUGAAAGCGACAGGAAUAAAUCCUAAAUUACCAGCAAAUUAAAGUGUUUUCGUCUUCUAAGCCGAACGUAAACAAGUUAACUGCUUGGCUUUAGAAGCCAUCUUUCUAUACCUAAUUGUUCCUAUACUCCAAUUUCUAUAGACACUCGUUCGACUCCAUUCUUUUCAACAGGGCUUAUAAUUGUUUUAAAACUAAUUAACGGUUGGCUAUCUUCCUAACUGCCGUCGAGAUUGGCAUCGUUACGCUGUAAUUACACCGCUUUGCCCUCACUUAAGGUGUUUACGUACGAAAUGCAUUUUAAAUGAUUGGUAAGCAGUUUCUGCGGCAUUCCGUAGAAUUUCCACCAUUUUAUUUAUAAUCUCGCGACAUCCGACGAGAUUGAUUAAUGUAUUCGAACUCGCUGACGUAAAGGAAGUUCGACUUAGCUACUUGUCAGCAACUUCGUGUCGAACUAAGUUGCUGACGUGCGGUGCGAAAUUCGUUGGCGUCGAAUUAGAAUUUAAAAUAAAUUUACCUAAUUUUAAAUCGUCAUUAAUUUUACUUUUCACGUCCGAUACCUCGUCGUAGCUUACACAAUAAACCAGCGCUUCCGUUCCGUAACCACCGCCGUUUGUUAAAACGUUAAACAAAUUCGAAAAUAAUAUAAUUAAUUAACAAAAAAAUAUUCUUCCCACUUUUUUGUGCACUAGGAAAAACUUAUUUAGAAUAUUUUCGUAUUCGAUUCGAAUGAUGUAACGGCUCGGAUAGUAUUCCCGAUGAGUCACGAGUGACGUCACGUCUUAAUUUUUCAUUCGUACGGACGAUAUAUUUCGUAGUUCCAGCAACGUACAGCAAUAUUGCUCAUCGUUAAUUAAUGGCUUUUAUUGCUUAAUUUAUAAGAAAGGCGAGAUAUGUACUCGAAUAUUCGACAUGUUGCGGAAGUCGAUUUCGUUCGUACUUUGGUGUUUGACAUGGGUGAGAGCGACUCCCUGUCCCAAGGAUAAAUGUAGUGUUUACGAAGAUACAAACGGCAUAAGAGGAAAUUGUUUCGAAUUUAAGUUGAAUUUCACCAUUUCUUUAGACAACGACGUAAGGAUUAAGUGUUUUCGAAACGACGUUUCCAGCAUACUGGACUGCUUCUCUCAAGUGACAGUUUCGUCGUAUCGCAUUACGUCUUGCGGUGUGAAUUAUUUUCAGAAGAGAAGGGACACCACGCGAGUCGAAAUUACGGAAUCUCAAAUUUCUACGAAUUUUCUAAGGAAUCUUAAAUCUCUUCGUUAUCUCUCCGUAACGGGAUCCGAAUUUAGGAACCUAACAGAAAAUGCUCUGCACGGUUUAUCUUUGCUUCACUUGAAGAUUAUAAAUUGCUCGUUGGAGUUCGUCUUUCCGAAAUUUUUCGCUUUGCCGUCUUUAUUAACGUUACAACUGUCGGAUAAUCCGUUAAAAAGUAUCCCAAACGACGCUUUCCUCCGUCUAUUUCUAUUAAGAUAUUUAUAUCUCAACGAUAAUCUAUUAGAAGAAAUUUCGCCGGAUUGCUUUCGUGACUUGGUUUCCUUAGAAGAAUUGAAUCUAUCGAACAAUCGCAUUUCUCGGAUCCACGUCGACGUCUUUGGUAAUCUCCGAAAAAUAAAGAAAAUAUGGCUGAAAAACAAUUUGUUGUUUAACUUGCCGACGAAACUGGAAUUGCCGAACGAUAGAAGUCUAACCUAUCUCGACCUUAGCGGAAACAGAAAUCUGAAGAACGUCCCCGAUGGGUUGGGAGAAGAGGCGAAGCAUCUCGAAGAAUUAUAUUUAAGUGAUUGCAAUUUAACGGAAGUUCCUCUUCGGUUGAUACAAGAAAGCGUCAAACUAGAACGAUUGAGCCUGGCUGGUAAUUCGCUAGAAGAAUUGCCGAACGACAUAUUUCGAGAUAGCCAUUUCCUGCAAUGGAUAGAUUUAAGUAGCAAUCGCUUGCAAAAUCUUCCCGAUUCCCUCUUCGAAGAAGCACACAAAUUGGAAGAGAUUCGUCUGGAUUUCAAUCGCUUCGAAAACGUGCCCGAAACUGCCAUCGUUUAUCUCUCGCAGCUCAAACUGUUGAAUCUCAGUUACAACGCCAUCCGCAGUCUACCUCCAAACUCGCUGUUAUCUCGACUAAUUCACUUGGAAACUCUGGACCUUUCUCACAAUCGUCUAGAAAACUCCUCCUUCGAUUUUCGUUCGGGUUACAAAGAGCUAAAAUUUCUGAAUUUGUCGCAUAAUUUGCUGACGAAGUUGCCCACGGUUUUCCCCAGUUUCCGAGAAGAGCUCGAGACCAUGAACUUGGAUCGUAAUCGCAUUGCAAAUUUAGUCAUUCCGUCCAUGGUUCCCUACGGCGUGGUUUAUUCAAUUCGUUACAACGAGAUAAAAUUUAUCGGUAUCGACAGGCUUAAAUAUUUCGAAGUCACCCAAAUGAUGAUGAAUAUAGAAUUUUUGGGUAGGAGAGUGGAUCCUCCCGCCUAUUUCCUUGGAGGAAACAAGCUGGUCUGCGAUUGUUUUCUGAGGGAUUUCUUCGAAUUUUUAAAAGACGAUCGAAAAUAUUCCGUAGAAUUAAUGGACAUGGAAGCGACCAAGUGCCACGCCCCGGUUAAAAUGAAGAACUUGGACUUUUACAAAAUUUCCAAGAACGAUUUGAUAUGCGAAGUGAACUCUAGUUGUCCGUCCGGAUGUCGGUGCUUUUUUUACUCUCCGGAACACGGAAUAUACGUAAAUUGCAGCCACUCGGACCUUAUACAAUCACCCAUAUAUUUCCCCGGAAAUACCUCGGUCAUAAAUUUAAGUUAUAAUACUCUGCAGUAUUUCAAUUUGAACAAUUUGCAGCCGCGUGUUCUCGAUACCCUAAGAGAACUCGACCUCAGCCACAACUCUCUAGUCGCCAUGAACGGAGAUUUCGGAAAGAGUAGAAUUUCGAGGCUGGAUCUCAGAAGUAAUUCAUUCAAAACGCCUCCGAAGGGACUGAACAAUAUAUCCGUGUAUUUUGGAAAUAAUCCGUUAAAGUGCCAUUGCCGUAACCUGCUCUUGAAAGAAUGGAUAAGUGAAACUACGUUGGACGAUAUGGACGACGUCACUUGUAUCAGGGAGAAUCGAUAUUAUCGUGUCUAUGACGUACUCGAUGUUGACAUAUGUAUCACGAAUGGCGGCAUUAAAAGUCAAAAUACAAUUAUAAUUUUCUUAAUAUUGUAUUAUCCUUUGGUGUUUAAAAACCAAAGGAUAUAAGAGACCACGUCCACUUUUUGAUCCUCGGUUUAUUAUAUGAUCUCGGAUGUUGUAUGUAAUUUAUCUUUCGCGAAUAAUAUGAAAAAAUUACUAAUUUAUAUUUAUAUUAAUAAAUAAAUUUUGAUUCGAAAUUCUGUUGUUUUCAAUUCGCAUUUCGCAGCUUCCUUUUCUAAGACCGUUUGUUUUUUUGGGCUACAAUUUGAAAAAAUUGUUGACCUAUAAAUUCCCACUGUCGUCAGACCUUUUGUCCUUCCUUAAUCUCGAGAACGGAGUUAGAUAGAUGAAAUACGAGACCAGAUGUGAAACCAUAGAGGCAGGAGGUCCCGAUUAACUGUAUAAAACCUUCCAAUUUAAAUCGAAAGU